AUGGCUGCGCCCAUGGUGGCACCCAUGGUGGCACCCAUGGUCUUCGCGCCGGAGUGGCGCGUGCAACAGCUGGAAUGGCGUUUGGCAGAGGUCGAACGAGUCUUGGCCACUUUGAAGCCCAACGGAGGGACCAGCGAUGAAGGAGGAGAUCUGGCACGGGGAGCCCCAACAGUGACAACAGCUUGUUGCGCGCCAACUCCGAAGCCUUUGACUCGUCCCUUUUCCUGCCAUCGGGCGAUGAAGUGCGUGGGGGCGUGGCCACGAUGGGUCCCUGCUACGAAGUCCAACAUUCCAUUUGGGACAGCUGCAUGA